UUAGUAUAUAAAGUUGAAAUUAUAAAUAAAUUGUUAUGUGUUGGUUCAAACUGAAAAUAAACCAAAUUUAAAAUUAGCAUUAAUUGUAACGUUAUGUAAAGCUUAAGUAUAACAACCAAAGGCAAGGCGUAGGCGAACCUCUUGGAUAGGGAUAGGGAUAGAGAUUGAGAUUGAAUAGGGAAUAGGCGUAGGAUUGGCUUCUCGUCACUUAUUUGGUGCCAAUUUGCUGAUUAUAUUCAACAUUACAACAACUGAUUCAGUUUUUUUAGUUCAUUUGACUACUGAUUACAAACAACAUUAUAACAACUCCAUUGACUUGUAAAUCAGUACUAAAAAUUUGAAUCCAUGUAAAAAAUGGGAGUCAAUGAAGUCACUAAACCUACGGUUCGCUCUGUGCGACCAAAGCCCAAGUCUAAUGAUUCAAAUGACUUGAAAAUUAUGACCAAAGUCGAGAAAAAACAUCGAUUAAAGCAACGGUUUGAAGUCAUCAAAAAGUUAGGACAGGGAACCUAUGGAAAGGUUCAAUUGGCCAUCAAUAAAGAGUCGGGACAGGAGGUUGCAAUUAAGACAAUCAAGAAGUCUAAAGUAGAGAACGAUCAGGACUUGGUUCGCAUUAAAAGAGAAAUUCAAAUCAUGUCAUCCAUACAACACCCGCAUAUCAUUCAUAUAUAUGAAGUUUUUGAAAAUAAAGACCGAAUUGUAUUAGUUAUGCAAUACGCCAGCGGCGGUGAAAUAUAUGAUUAUGUAAGCGAUCGUAAAGUACUGUCCGAUUAUGAGGCCAGACGUCUAUUUCGACAAAUAGCUACUGCUAUCUACUACUGCCAUAAGAAUAAGAUAUGUCACAGGGAUUUGAAACUUGAAAACAUAUUACUCGAUGAAAAAGGAAACGCAAAGAUCGCAGAUUUUGGUUUAUCCAAUGUUUUUGAUGAAAAACAUUAUUUACAAACAUUCUGUGGAAGUCCUUUAUAUGCUUCACCAGAAAUAGUCAAAGGAUCGCCAUAUUAUGGACCAGAGGUGGAUUGUUGGUCUUUGGGUGUACUUCUCUAUACUCUGGUUUACGGUGCGAUGCCUUUCGAUGGCAGCAAUUUCAAGAAAUUAGUUAAACAAAUAUCUGAAUCUAAUUAUUUUGAGCCAAAACAAAAAUCAGAGGCAUCACAUCUUAUUAAAAAGCUUUUGACUCCCAAUCCCAAGGAAAGGGCUACUAUUAUUGACAUCUGUACUGAUAUAUGGGUUAAUUCUGGAUACGAGCACUCAUUACUUCAGGUGGCAGAAGAUAUGGCAAACUUGACUCCCGUUAGACUCGAAAUUUUGUUGGCUUUGGCUCCCGUCUCGCCGUCAAUCGAUAAGUUAGACACCAAUCCUAUUGCUGCGACCGAUGACAACAAAAGAGUAUUAAAUGAAAACACAGAUUUAAAUAUUGAGAAUAACAAUAACUCCGAUGCAAACCAAUCUGAAGAUAAUAUUAAGAAAAGACAAGCGAAUCCAUCAUUUGAUCAAAGUUUGUCCAAAAUUCAAACACAAACACCAAAGAAGAAGAAAACAAAGAAAACAUCAGAGAAUGACUCACAAGAGAUAACUAAUGAAACUAAAGAAGAAAUCAACAGAAAUGUUGACAAUAAUGAUAUCACAAGUCAUGAAAUGAUUGAAAACACUAACGAAUCAAUUAAUGAAAUAAAUAAAACUAUAGUUUCUGAUGAAAUGUUCGAAGAUUUACAACAAAAUUCACAACCAAUUGCUGAACAAGAAGUUAAAUUGGAUGAAAAUUUAGUGGAAGUAAAGCUACAAAAUGAUGAAUUAGUUUCUAAAAAUAAUGACAGACUUGCAGUAAAUAAUGAAACAAAGGAUGUAAUUGAAUCUGAUAUAAAUAAAACUGAAAAUAAAACAGAAGACAAAGUUAUAGUCGACAACACAAACAACAAGAAUGUGAUGAAUAGUGAAGAACAAAGUGAACCUAAAAAACAACCGGAAAAACAAAAUAUAGAAAAUGCCGACAAAAAUGAAAAAGUAAUUGAUUUUAAAGAGUCACAAAAGUUAGAAGGAGUUCAACAAUCAGAUGAUCAACAAUUGAAUGAAGUUAUUCAAAGUGAUAAUAAAGAUAAAGACAAAGAUAACGACGAAAAGAAGAAAAAGAAACGCGAAUUGUCUAAUGUCGGCAAAAGACCCGGAAAACUAUCGAUACCUAACCUCUGGAAUAGAAGUUUUGAUAUUUCAGAAUCUGGUGAUAAUAAAGUCACUAAUAAAUCAAAUCAAUCGAUAACUGAUCGAAAAAUACCGUUUAUUCCGGUCGGCCUACGAGUGUCGGACGCAAAGAGAAGUUUUGAAAGACGUUGUUCUGUUCCUAUCAAUUGUUUGUCAUCUUUUGGUUUGAAAAGAAGAAAUUCAAUUAUUGGAGAAAACUCUAAAAACAUUACUUCUAAUACUACUAAUACUACUACUACUACUGCUGCUACUACUACUACCACUACUACUACUACUACUACUACUAAUAAUAAUAAUAAUAAUAAUUCUGUAAAAACAAGAAAUCCUAAAUUAAAUACUCGAAGUAUUAGCUUAAAUGAAAUGCUAGAAUCGCCUGAAAAGGUUCAACAAAUGACAGCUGCGCUUAAAAUGUUAAACAAUAAGGAAACUGAAUGUAAAGUUGUUGAGGAAACUACAACUGAGUCACAGAAUAUUCUGAAAACCAUACAAACCAAAGACAAUGAAAAUAACAAAGAUUUAAGUACAUCACCGGUUAUGGACAAAGUUAUGGCUAAAGAUAUUCUCAAGAAAUCUAUAGCAAAGGCACGACUUAUGGAAAAAAGACAAUUAUCUAAUGAACCCAAUUCUGCAAUCAUUACUCCUAUGGAAAGUCCUGAUGUGUCGAUACUGUCAGAGCCGUCAUUCUUUAGAAAACCAAGACUUUUCAUUGAAGAUAAAGAUAGUAAAACUUCAUCUAAAGAAACCAUUGCUAAUGAAAUUAAAAAUGAAAGUAAGAUAUCUGAAAAAGAAAGAAAAAACUUUGUAUCACAAGUAGAUAUCAAUGAAAAACCAUUGCAGACAACUGAAGAGACAAAAGCUGCACCAAUGGCUCGGAGUUAUAAAAAGGUGAUCUUUACUAAAGACGGCGCACGUAUUACAGAAACCGGCAAAAUAUACUCAUCCGAAGGCACCGAUGGCUCGUAUACUCGAAUAGAAAAGAAAAGCAAAGUAACACACUUUCCAUCCCUUGAAAAUCAAGAAUUAGUUAACACUAAUGAAGAGAUUGGCGAACAAAGUAUUCAAAGAUCUGAUAGUCUAAGUUCUUCGGGUUCUUUGGAUAUAUUUGAUGACAUCUUUGAUAAUCAUUGGACUGGAGAUUCAAUAUUUCCAAAUAUGCGGUCACUUUUGCAGAGCGUUGCCGGACAUAAAAAAUCGAGAAGACGUUCUCGUGGAGAGAGUUGUGAACGCAAUGUCAACGAUUGGUUUAAUUUGAAGAAAUCUGCAAUUUUUUCGGAUCAGGACAGCGAUGUCGAUGAUAACGAGUCAUUCUUCUCGAAGAAUAUAUGGCCUACAAGUCGGCCUCAAAAGUCUUUAUUGGAUAGAUUUUCUAAAAACUUUGAUAGUUUUAGCAAAUUUGAUGAUUUUAAUCAUUCAUUUAACGAUAUGAAGAGAUCAAUGAGUAAAGACCGUUCAUCACUGUCAUCACGUGUUCAGCCAAAAGGAUUUAAACUGGUUUUUGAUCCGCAAUCAGGUGUUAAAACAAUAUCUGAAAGAACUACUGAUCCAUUUGUUACCCAAGAUAUGCCAUCAUUUUUUGCGCGCAACUCUAACAAUAAUAUGCGUGAAUCGGAUCAAUUAUUUUCCGAUUUAAGACAAACUGAUAGUUUUGAUUCUCCGCGAAAACGAGUAGAACAAUGGCUUCAAUCAGAUAAUAGUAAUGAUUUUAAUGAUAGUUCUGAACAAAUGGAUUCACGGAAUCCGCUUUCAAUGUAUGCAACUAUUGGUCCGCGAGGUGUCCGCCGAUAUUUACGUACACUUAGUGGCCGAACGUCGACAUCAAAUAUGACAUCAUUGGCCAAUAACUCUGAUACACAACAGUCACAACUCUCUAAUCCAAUGCUUAUAACUCAGACAUCGGUUCCAAACGAUUCUGUCAUUGAAAUGAGGAUAACAUUAAAUCCAUCAAACAUUGACAGCAAUGAAACGCAAGACAUCAAAGCAAACACCGAUAACAUUCAGAGCUCUGAAUCAGAUAAUAUAAUAUUACCCGAAAGUUCGUCACUUUUGGAUCAAUUACGAACUCAUGGUUAUCGUAAUAUAGUUAGUCAACGAUUGUCUGAUUCAUCACUUUUCAGUGAUUUGGAUACAAAUGUUAGUGAAAGCGAUGUCACCAAUAAAAGAGACAUUAGAAACAGUUUUAGUGAUAAGUCUGUGACUGACUGUCCACACGAUCAGUAUAUCAAUAAACAACCCAUUGAUGUGACUCCAAGAAGUACUGUUCGUAGUUGUCUGACUGAUCCGGUGGUAACAGAUGUGCGGUUUCGACAAAAUAAUUCGAGUGUCAAAUCAAACUUAACUACUAUUAAGAAAGCAAAUUGUGAUGAAUCAGUUGAGCAAAGAAUUCAUCGCAAAAGCUUUUACUCGCGUUUUAAUGACGACAGACCUACUCUUUCCAACCGUUCUCGAAAUACGAGAAGACGUACGUAUAUCGAUGCCAAUGAUGUAGACCUGGCCCUCAACUCAAAACCUCCACAAUGUAGUCGGUCUUCGAGUUUCAGAAAUAGCUGUUCAUUUGACAAUAACUUUGUGACAUCAAAGUCGUCGUCCAGUUCUUCUAGUGAUUGGUUUAAUCGAAUGGAGUCAAGAGUUUCACAACUAUUGAAAGAUUUAUCUAAUGACAGAAUUGACAGAAUUUCUUCAUUUGGAAACCAUUUUUCAAGUCUUGAUUCGCCAGAAGACAGCUUUUCAUUAGGUUCUCGCAGGAGAUCAGUAUCAAUGACAAGAAGUCCAUUAUCUACUGCCAGUGAUGACUUGAUUGGAGCCCUUAAAUCUCCGACACAAGUGUUGCAAAAAGCUAUCGAUAUUUUGUCAAAAAAUGAGUUAUAA